AUGUCUCCUGCUGUUAACAUGCUGACUGUAGUGCUGCUCCUGAUGCUCGGGGCGUCUGACUUGCAGGUACACGGGACAUUUAUCAACAGGGAUAAAACUUUGCUGAGCAGCGACUAUGGAAGACACAGUGUGAGGAAACAGCAACAGACAAAAAGUGACAUUCGCAAGAGUUUGGAUCUGGAGAGCUACAAAGUGCACGUGAACCCGACCACCAGCAGAAUCAGCGGCCCGACCAUCAUCAAGCUCCACCCCCCCACGGCCAAACCUCUCUACCUGCACGCCAACGUACCCAUGCGUUUCGGCAGGGAGAAUUUGCCUGGUGAUGAUAUUACCCAACUGCCCCAGAGGUUUGGGCGCUCCUGGGACCUGUGUGCCGAGUGCCGUGAGUGCCGUGAGGACCGAGAAGCACAGCUGCCCCAGAGGUUUGGGAGACGCAGUCCCUUCUGGAGCCUUCUGAGGACAAUGACCAAAGCACAGAUAUUAAACGCUGGCUUGCAAUGGGCUGCAGUGUUUGACUUUACAACCAGCUCAGAAGAGUUGGAAAUGCAAGGAAAGACCUUUAAAGGGAUGAAAGAGGUUUUGACAAGCCAACACCAGGGUCUAUAUAACUUGUAA